AUGUCUCGGCUUCUCUCUAAACUCUCUCCACUCCUGCACAAGAGCAGGAGCCUUCGUUCGUUUUCAUCCUCCACGACCGGUCCGUAUUUGACAACUAGUAUUAGUGUAAAACCGCUGCCGGAAGGCGGCAACAUUGGAGAAGUGGUUAUAUUCGACGUGGCCAAAGCAGAUUUAGUCGAGCUCACGGAAAAAACAAUCCCUGGAGAUAUUAUUACGGCUAAAAGCCUCGGAGCUUCCAAGGGAUGGGGAUUUUUCAGUGACCCGCAAGAUCGUUGCGUACUCAUCACGGACUUCAUGAACCCUAGGUCCUGCAAAUCAAACCCAAAGCUCUUCACUCUGCCUCCGCUUACACCUCUUCUCUCUUGCCAGACUGAUGUCGUUUGGAGCGUAGCAAUGUCCUCUUUUCCUGAUGACGACGAAGACUGGGUUGUGGCCAUCAAGUCGUUGGGUGACCAGCUCAUGUUUCUUUAG